CCUUGCGUGCGGUCUUGGUUUAAGUAGACUCAUGAUCUUCGCUCCAUCCUGCAUAUGGAGGAUUGUAUUCUAUACUAAAGGUCCAAUUUGGAAUAUUUCUAAUAGUCAUUCCAUGCUUACCUUGUGCGAUGGAGGGAAUCAUAUUAGCUAUUUAAGGUAGCAAGCACCAAUAGCACUACAGAAUGAUGAGCCCCAUUUUGCAAUUGAGCUGCUUACACUUCAAGAUGGUUGUUUCCGAAUAAGCCAUGGAGUUGGCCACUUGAAUACUGAAACCUUGGAGGUGAAAGAAAUCUGUGUAUUGUGUAGUUGUUACACUUCUUGGCGGAUAUAAACAUAUCUGGUGCACUAAGGCAGCUAUUUCAGAAGGAAUGGUACCCACUAGGAAACUGAGCCACCUGAUGGAAAAUUUUACCUUAUGUUCUUUAAAUUUGAAUCUUGCUAAUUGCAGCGGUAAAAGCCUAUAUAAACCUCUUCCCAUUGAUGCUGAUGGGAAACUAAAGCUUGUUAGUCAGUUAGCUGGUAUGUCAUUGAUUGACAUAAACAGACAAUGUAAUUUGGUUAGCUUUCAACAUUUGUUAUCUCGAUCAUUUUCGACUUUGGGUGGGACAGUCCUUGUCCAGGCUCAGGACCUGGGUAAAAUGAGUGAGGAGUUGGAACACACAAUUGAUGAGCAUAACCUAUUUUAUGCCUGGGAACUUCUAGAAAGACAUAUCCGAAUGGAUGGGCUCCCCAGAAUGUCAAUUCUGAACAGACUUGUAACAUCAUGUGCCGAAUGUCUAGAAGUUCAAUGGCUUGAAAAAGCUUAUACUUUAGUUGAACAAAUCUUUCAGGAUGGCAAGAUUAAUUUAAUGGAGAAAGAGAGCUUGUUUUAUCUCUCAUUUGCAUUUUCAAUAUGCCGAUUGCCUGUUCCGGCAUCUACCCUUCUCAGGAAGCUUGUUGAGAUAGAAAGGUUCCCUCCUGUGGGUCACUGGUCUGCAAUCAUAGGUCACAUGUCACAAUCAGCCUCUGGAGCUUAUCUUGCUGCUGAGCUGGUUCUUGAAAUAGGUUAUCUGUUUCAAGAUGGGAGAGUCGACCCGCGUAAAAAGACCAAUUCACAUCUGAUUGCCAUGAAACCUAAUAUUACUUCAUUCAACAUAUCUUUAGCUGGAUGUGUUCUGUAUGGCACAACCCGAAAAGCGGAGCAGCUUCUUGACAUGAUGCCUCGUAUCAACAUAAAAGCUGACACAACCUUAUUGAUCAUCAUGGCUCAUAUUUACGAGAAGAAUGGACGGUUGGAUGAACUCAAGAAGCUGAAGAGACAUGUUGACGAGGCCCAUAACCUCACCGAUACUCAAUUUCGUCAGUUUUACAAUUGUCUGCUUGCAUGCCAUUUGAGUUCUGGAGAUCUCGAAUCUGCCUCCCACAUGGUCCUGGAAAUGCUUCGAAAGGCAAAAAAAGCUCAAAAUUCUCUUGGGGUGGCUAAUUUGUUGUUUGAGAGCUCUAAGAGGUUCAAUUGUUCAUUAAACCUUGCACGUGAUGUAUAUGGUGGAGGGGAUUUAAAUAGGGGAAAUCAAGAGAAUUUGCAACAGAAGAUCUUAUCUUUUCCAGAUUUCUGUAGGGACAGGAAGUUUUUAAAACUUCAGGCUGAGGCAGAAGAGCUGCUCGAUGACUUGGUUGUUAAGUUACAAAACCAAAUCGAAUUUAUAACAAGUGAGAAUGGAAUUCUCAAACCAACAGAAUCAGUAUAUGUGAAAUUGGUUAAGGCCUUCCUAGAAGCCGGCAGGACACAGGAUCUGGUGGCCUUCCUAAUCAAAGCUGAGAAAGAAGAUUCCCCAGUUUCAGUUGAUGAUUCAGUCUUGGUUCAAUCAAUCCACACGUGUAUUUCACUUGGGUGGCUAGAUCUGGCUCAUGAUCUUCUUGAUGAAAUGCGAUUGGCUGGUGUUAAAACGGGUUCUUUUGUUUAUUCUUCGCUAAUGAAAGCAUACUGCCAAGAGAAAAGAACAGGAGACGUAAUGUCUCUCCUUCGAGAUGCUCGUAGGGCUGGUGUUCAAUUAGACACAAGCUGCUAUGAUGUAAUGAUUCAAUCACAGGUUCUCCAUAGAGACACCGAAUCAGCUCUUCAUUUGUUCAAGGAGAUGAAGGAGGCUAAAAUUCCAAGGUCUGGGCAGCAUAAGAGGUUCGAGUGUAUAGAUGGUAAUGAAGAAGCCAAUUUAAUGUCAAGACUCUUGCAGGAAAUAAAAGAUGGGCAGAAAGUGGAUUAUGGAGUUCAUGACUGGAACAAUGUGAUCCAUUUUUUCUGCAAAAAGAGACUGAUGAAAGAUGCUGAUAAGGCUUUUAAGAAAAUGAGGAGUUUGGGCCACUUGCCAAACGCACAAACAUUCCAUUCUCUGGUAACUGGUUAUGCAUCUGUGGGUGGAGAAUACACAGAGGUUGCAGAUUUAUGGGGUCAAAUGAAAUCCAUAGCGAACUGUGGUGGCAUGAGGUUUGAUGAGGAGCUAUUGGAUGGGGUGCUUUAUACGUUUGUGAGAGGUGGGUUCUUUACUAGAGCAAAUGAGGUUGUGGAGAUGAUGGAGGAACGGAAAAUGUUUGUUGAUAAGUACAAGUAUCGUGUACUCUUCUUAAAAUACCAUAAAACACUCUACAAAGGAAAGGCUCCCAAGUUUCAAACAGAAGCCCAUCUUAAAAAGCGAGAAGCUGCUUUGACUUUUAAGAGAUGGGUGGGCUUACAUUGAAGAAUGUUUUUGAAUGCUAUCGUGAGUGAGAUUUACUCAUCUGUGGAUCACUAUCGUGGGGCAUUAUUGGAUAAAGUAACCCUGAUCAAUCGGUCCUAAGCCUCUUGAGUGAAGAUCGGCUCGACCCCUUUUACAAAUCAAAGAAAUCAAAUCUGAUAUGUGCAUAUAGAUGCUGUCAGGAUAUAUUUUUCUGGUUUUCACUCUAAUCCUCAGGAAGACUGAAGUACAACAGGAAAAAAACUGGUGAGAAAAUACAGAUUGGAGCGUAGCUAUAUAACAUAAUCCUUGGUCCAUUUCUCAAGCUAUUUAUUAUUGGAGUGCAGUGAAAUGAGGGAGGAUCCUGCUAGGGAUACUAUCUUGCAUUCUUGCCAGUUAUAGGCCUCUUCAAAUGAUGAGAACCUCAGCCACACUGUUAUGUGAUUUUAGGGUCCAAUUCUCCAAAGCUUAAAAUCAUACAGUAAUUGGUGUCGGGCAGAAUCGGCUGAAAAUUAGAGCCACAAAAGAUGCAGAGUAAAAAGGAUAAGUUUCAAAGGGUUACUGUACUUUAGAGACUUCUAUCAUUGUACGAAGUGCCGGUUUGGAAUUGUCAAAACUGGCAAUGGAACCUCAAUAAGGUCACCAAGUGUUUUGCCCACAGAAUAUGUCUCACCUUGUCUGAGGGUUGUUUUUACAAUGGCAAUAAGUUGGGAUUUUUGACUCAUUGUCUCAGCUUCUAAGCUGAAAAACUUUUUUGCAAUGUCAAAGUAGGUGGUGUAUUCAAUUAAAAAACAGUCCUUAAGAGCUUAAACGAUGUGCUUUUAACGGACUUUAAAAGAAUAGGGGUCAAAUAAGCCCUUCUACUAUUUUUAUUCCGUCACUUUAGCUUCUGUACUAAAAAAGUAUCAAAUAAGUACGAAAUAUAUUUACCCCUAUUUGGAUGUGAUGACA